GAAAAUUGUUAUUAUCGUAGCUUGAUAAAAUAUCGAGCGAUCAACUACCGGCAGCAACAUAUGCCGAGCGAGCGAGAAGGGUAGACGUCGUUACCGACUGCAGAGAAAAUUUAAGGGAGUCAUGAUCGCGCCCAGGUAGAUGUCGCUGCCGGGCCAUUUAAAUUCUACGAAACACAGCUUGCACGUAGUAUUCUUUAAUUUAUUUUUGUAAAAAUCAAUCGAUGAUUUAUUUGUAAGCAAGCACGUAAGAAAUGGAACAUUCCAUACGUAAUGGAGCAAAUUGAAGUUGCUGUGCCGAAAAGAACAAACAGUCGAAUGCAAAUUAAGGGGUCGUUGGUUGGCAACGGUUGUGCCUUGUCAAAUCAGUUUGGGGGAAUUGAAGGACCGGUUCAGACGUCAAGAAAAAUUUAAGUACAACUAAAAGCCAACCUAGCCAAACUCAACGUCAUGUUUUCCCGAGCCGCAAAAUCCAUCGUGCAAUCUCUCAAUCAACGGAGCUAUCAUGUUACCAAAGGAAAUUUCAAGGCUGCUAUUGGCUCCACCGGAGAAGUGGGCACGGCUCGAUUUUCGCAGCAGCGCACACUGGAUUCUUCAGCUGUCCAAGAGAUCGUGCCGUUCAAGAAUCUCAAAUUCAAAAACAUAACGUCAAACUCAGCAGAGGGACAGACACUUUCUGGAGUUGGCGUUCGUGCUGUCAAGGGUACAGCAGCUAAAGGAAACGUCUACGCUAUCGAUUUGGCACAGUUGAGAGGACUUGGCCCCAUCAUCGGCAAUCCUAAUGGCGCACCUGGAUUCUAUAAAAGCGAAGGCUUGCGUCUGGGUUCGUCGGACUGUGGUGUGCCGCCGAUUCGUCGCAAAAAGAACCCGUGCGAUCCGCCCGAAGGUCCGUGCAAGCCUUUACCGCCACCGGGUUAUCCCUCUAAGCCCAAGCCUGAGCGCAAGCCGUUCUGCGUCAAGUGCCCGCCGAAAAAGCCCUGCCCCGAGAACAACUGCUAACCGCGCGCGCAGACUCACUAAAAUCUUCAGAGCGCCCGCAACAGUAUCCACACGCUGGCAAAACGUAACUUCAGCAUGCUGCAACCAACUUUUCAUAACAGCAACAGCAACAAACUCCUCAACAACGCGUCCAGAUCCUACUCCAAAUGUUCCGGAAAAAAGGAUGGAUGCGGUGCACCAGCAAACCCGUGCUCCAAAUCCAAGCCAUCCACAUGUCCGGAUCCAAAUCAGCGUGUGAUCUCGCCCUGUAAAAGUCGACCUCCUUGCACUCCUGCCCCCGAAAAGUGCGAACCUGCGUGCGACAAGCCCAAGUGCCCACCACCUUGUCCGCCUCCCGCGCCGAAGUGUCCUCCGCCGCCUUGUCCACCACCUCCACCGAAGUGUCCUCCUCCGUGUCCGCCACCAGCUCCGACCUGCUUUCCACCUCCGACAAAGUGUCCGCGAGCCCCUCCUAAAUGCCCGCCCCCGUAUCCACCGCGGCCUUGCGAUCCGUGCCCGAAGCCCUGCAAGCCACCGAAGUGUCCCCCUCGCUGUCCGCUGGACCCACCACCUCCUUGUCCACCUCCCCCACCGCCGAAGUGCCCCGAGCCGCCGAAGAAGUGCUGCGACAAGCCGAAAGCAGCGCCGUGUCCGCCACCGAAGCAAACGUGCCCGAAGCCCUGCUCGGGACCGAGGCCAGCGCCGCAUUGCCCGACGCCAAGGGAGUCGUGCAGCGCGCCCAAACGAUCCUGCGAGGUGCCCCUGCAAACAAUGUUGGAGCAGUCGAGGAAGAAGAGCCCGCCGAAGACUACGUGCUGUCCUCCGCCGACACCGCCACCUCCAAGGAGCAUUUGCUGCCCAUCGCCGCCGAAGGAAACCUGCUGCCCGCCACCCAAACCGAUGCCCAACUGCGUACCGCCUGAGACGAUGCCCAAAUCCUGCCCGGAGCAGAAAGCGUCCUGCCCCCCACCAACGCCCACUUGCGUACUCCCGGAGCCGUCUCCACCAUGUUGCCCAAAGGAGCCACCCUGUCCACCAGCCAAACCAUCGCCGUGUGGCUGUACUCCGGCACCUGAGGCCAAGGGAUCGUCGGCGUGUUUCCAGAACAUGGGCAGGAAUAAAAAGAAAACUACUCGACAGAGCUUCUGGAAGAAACUUACCAGAAAAAUGUCGACGCAGUCCGGCAAUGGAGGUGUGUUAAAAGCGAGACAGCCUCGGUUUAAGCUACACGCCAGGACAUUCGGCAUCGCAGUGUUCAACUUGGCUGCUAAUAGAGGCUCCAAAUGCAAGACCGGCAAGGACAUUUGCGCAGAGCUCGAUCCGGUCUGCAAGCGACUGUGCAAGAAAAAGCCCGCGACUCGCUGCUCGGCGGGCGAAAAACCAUCGUGUGACGAGCGAAUAAGAAUAGCGAAGAAGGCACGUGAAGCCGAGGACGAGAGGUCGCAGAAACGUCCCUUGAAGUGUCCGACAUGCCUACCGCCAGAGCGCUGUCAGCCGCCGCUUGUACCGCCAGUCGUGGAGAAGAUGGAGUAUCCGGCGACGGUGUGCGCGGAGGCACCACCAUGUCCUUCCUACAAGGAUAAAGUUGACGCUGAGCCAGUGCUCGUGUGUCCACCUCUGCCACAGCUGCCUAAGCCACCCAGUGCACCCGUCGUGCUCUGCCCUUGCCCACCGCCUCCGAAGCUGCCCCCAGGACCUUGCCCCUGUCUGGACAGCGCCAAAGAGGUCAAGCUCUUGGUGCCCAUCUACCUUCCACCUUGCACGAGAAGACCCAAAUACACCUGCGACCGAAAGGUAUACUCGUGCAAGCUGCAACGCGAGUGCGACAAGAGGGCGUGUCCCCGCGACGACGAGAGUCACUUGAGUUGAACUGAGAGGAGGGAUGACGAGUUUACUCAAUUCGACGAGGAAAUAUUUAUUUGACAACGAAGAAAAAAAAAUUAAAAUUCCAAGUACUCAUGAAACUCAAGCCAUUACGAUUCUAGAAUAAGUAUUUGUCUGAACCCGGUAAACUGUUUUCGCUCAUCUCGCAAGACUCGGGAACAUCUGUAACGCGUUGACAAAAGUCUAAAAAAAUAGCAUUCGAAAAACUGUGCAAAAAACAACAUAAAACUUCCGUCCGCCGAAAA